GUCAGUGAGGUGUCUCGGUAGACACGCCUACGCCCGGUCCACGUCACGGUGACGUGUCUACCCCGUUGUCAAGAUGUGGUUCUGGUCCCGGGACCCGGCCCGUGAUUUCCCCUAUGAGGUCACCGGAGAACGGGAGGAAUUACCGGGAGGCUGGGGGAUCCAGAAGGGUAAAAAGAAGGCCGGUGGUGACCUGGUCUCUGUAUUCACUUAUGAUAUCCGUCCCGGGGCAGAUGAACAGACGCUAGCAGCGAAAUCCGCACUAAAAAGAAUCAAGACACUGCGACACCCAAAUAUUCUAUCAUAUGUGGAUGGACUAGAGACUGAUAAAUGCUUGUACGUAGUGACAGAACCAGUGACGAGUCUGGGGACAUAUAUAAAAUCCAGGAGUGACUCUGGCGGGAUCAGUGAAUUGGAGAUUUCCUGGGGUUUACACCAAAUUGUGAAAGCGCUCAGUUUCCUGGUCAAUGACGGUAACCUCAUUCACAAUAAUGUCUAUAUGUCAUCAGUGUUUGUGGACCGGGCAGGGGAGUGGAAGUUGGGGGGGCUGGAUUAUAUGUACCCAGCAGGUAGUGAGGAAAGUGCACCCAAAAAAGGACCUGAGCUGGAGAAGUACAAUCCCCCUGAAAAGUCAGACCGCUCAAAAACAUCUAGAGAGAAGUGGUCAGCUGACAUGUGGUGCCUUGGUUGUUUGAUAUGGGAGGUCUUUAAUGGCCCUCUUUCUCGCCCAACUGCUCUGCGUUCACUUGGAAAGAUCCCUAAAUCACUGGUGCCUCACUAUUGUGAACUCGUUGGUGCCAACCCUAAAGUCCGCCCCAACCCAGCACGAUUCCUCCAGAACUGUCGAGCCCCUGGUGGGUUCUUCUGCAACAGCUUUGUGGAAACAAAUCUGUUUCUGGAAGAGAUACAGAUUAAAGACCCAGCUGAACGACAGACCUUUUUUGAGCAGCUGAGUGAAAAUCUAGACUCUUUUCCUGAAGAUUUCUGUCGCCAUAAAAUCCUUCCACAGCUUCUUACAGCUUUUGAAUUUGGCAGCGCUGGCGCUGUUAUCCUAACGCCCUUAUUUAAGAUUGGAAAGUUUUUGAAUGCAGAUGAAUAUCAACAAAAAAUCAUUCCCAUCAUUGUUAAAAUGUUCUCCUCCACGGAUAGGGCCAUGAGGAUACGACUCCUGCAGCAGAUGGAGAAUUUCAUCCAGUACUUAAAUGAACCAACAGUCAAUGCACAGAUCUUCCCUCAUGUGGUCCAUGGCUUUAUGGAUACUAAUCCUGCAAUCAGGGAACAGACAGUAAAGUCCAUGUUGCUUCUGGCUCCCAAAUUAAAUGAAAACAAUUUAAAUGUAGAGUUGAUGAAGCAUUUUGCUCGGCUUCAGGCACGGGAUGAUCAGGGGCCAAUCCGAUGCAACACAACUGUGUGUUUAGGCAAGAUUGCUUCCUACCUCAAUCCUGCUACACGGCAGAGGGUCCUGAUAUCGGCAUUUAGUAGAGCUACAAAGGAUCCCUUUUCCCCAUCGCGUGCUGCUGGCGUUCUUGGUUUUGCUGCUACACACAACUUUUACUCAAUGAAUGACUGUGCUGGUAAGAUCCUACCAGGCCUUUGUGGUGUCACAAUGGAUCCAGAAAAGAGUGUCAGAGAUCAGGCCUUCAAAACAAUACGCAGCUUUUUGGAUAAACUGGAGUCUUUGUCGGAGGAUCCAGCACAGUUAGUAGAGCUUGAAAAAGAUGUACAUGCAGCAUCAACAAGCCCAGGUGUUGUAGGCGGCUGGGCAGGUUGGGCUGUCACAGGAGUCUCCUCCUUGACCUCUAAAUUUAUCCGGACCAGUGCAGCAGGAGGACAGGAUGUGGCUCCUGCACAGGCAGCGACACCAGGGCCAUCAGUAUCCCCAGCUACAGCACCAGCAGAAGCCAGCAAGCCAGAUGCCGUUCCUGCAUCGGUGCCUCCUGCUGCCUCAUCCUUAGCUUCUCGUUAUGAGCCUGAAGAAGAGGACAAUGAGGUUGAUGAUAAUACUUUGGAUCGAUGGGAUGAUGAAGACUGGGGAAGUCUUGAAGAUGGAGAUCGGAACAAGGGACAAACAGAAAGUGAUGACUGGGACACAGCCUGGGGCCAGAGCAGUAGUAAAAAGAGUCAGGAAAAGAUGGCUACGCAUUCAUCUUCCAAAUCUGAACCAAAUACUGUGAGUGACCAGAGGCUUACAGAAAGCAGAAUAUCUGCUGCUGAUGAAAGUUGGGGCUGGGAAGAUUCUUUUCAGCCUGUCUCCAAUCCUAAAAGCCAAACACCAUCUUCCUUCUCCCUGCCAGAGGGCACAAGACCAGCCAGUGAAUACAACUGGGACAGUGAAGGUAGUGAGAAACAUGUGGAUCUAUUUUCAGUGGCUUCAGAGAAAACCAACCAGAAACAGGAUCAAAGUCGCAGUUCAGACACUAUGGGGGACUGGGGAGGAGAUGACAACUGGGAAUCUGUGGAAGCAGAUCAAGGCCUGAGCAAAGCUGAAAUGGCAAGAAAGAAGAGAGAAGAACGGCAGCGAGAGAUGGAAGCUAAACGAGCAGAGCGGAGAGCGGCCAAAGGACCCCUAAAACUAGGCGUACGGAAGCUGGAUUAGGAAAAGUAGAGUGACAGCAGCGAAUACUAGAAGAUGAUGGACGUAGAAAGUGAAAGCUGUGACAUUUUCUGGAAACACAUGGACAUGGUCAGAGAUUUCAUAAUAUUUAUGGUGUAUAAUUUUAUCUUGCAUACAAUGCUGUAUAUUCACAGCAAGAAAGAAAAAAUGACACUUUCCAAGUCAGAAUUUAUUUACGGUCUCUUUUUUCCCCUUGUACAUAAUAUAAUAAACUCCAUAAAAAACAUA